ACCUUGCCGACAAGGAUCCAGGGGAAUACUUGCCUUCAGUGACAUUUCUCUUUCCCUCCAGUUCUCUGUGGGGUUCCCUGCUGGCCAAAUCCACCGGAAGCCAGGGGCACAGGAACCAGCUCAGUUUCCUGGGGGCCGGCAGGCUGGAGGAUCAUCUGGAGCCGGUGAGAGUCCCUGGAGGGGCAAAUGUGACUCCUGCGGUAUACAAUAAAUUGUCAGAAGGGAGAAUGCCUCGUGUAAAAGCAGCUCAAGCUGGAAGACAGGGCCCUGCGAAGAGACGUCUUGCAGAACAUUUUGCAGCUGGGGAGAUAAUCACUGACAUGACGAAAAAGGAAUGGAAACUAGGAUCGCCCGUUGGCCAAGGUGGCUUUGGUUGUAUAUAUCUCGCUGAUAUGAAUUCUUCAAAAUCAGUGGGCAGCGAUGCACCCUGUGUUGUGAAAGUGGAACCCAGUGACAACGGACCUCUUUUUACUGAAUUGAAGUUCUACCAGCGAGCUGCCAAACCAGAGCAAAUUCAGAAAUGGAUUCGUGCCCAUAAACUGAAGUACCUGGGUGUUCCUAAGUAUUGGGGGUCUGGUCUACAUGAUAAAAAUGGGAAAAGUUACAGAUUUAUGAUAAUGGAUCGCUUUGGGAGUGACCUUCAGAAAAUAUAUGAAGCAAAUGCCAAAAGAUUUUCCCGGAAAACGGUCUUGCAGCUAAGCUUAAGAAUUCUGGAUAUCCUGGAAUAUAUUCACGAGCACGAGUAUGUACACGGCGAUAUCAAGGCCUCAAAUCUUCUGCUCAGCUAUAAGAAUCCUGACCAGGUGUACUUGGUAGACUAUGGCCUUGCUUAUCGCUACUGCCCAGAAGGAAUUCAUAAAGAAUACAAAGAAGACCCCAAAAGAUGUCACGAUGGCACCAUUGAGUUCACCAGCAUCGACGCGCACAACGGUGUGGCCCCAUCAAGACGCGGUGAUUUGGAAAUCCUUGGUUAUUGCAUGGUCCAGUGGCUUAGUGGCCAUCUUCCUUGGGAGGAUAAUUUGAAAGAUCCUAACUAUGUGAGAGAUUCCAAGAUUAGAUACAGAGAAAAUAUUGCAGGUUUGAUGGACAAAUGUUUUCCUGAGAAAAACAAGCCAGAUGAAAUUGCUAAGUACAUGGAAACAGUGAAAUUACUGGAUUAUGCUGAAAAACCUCUUUAUCAAAAGUUACGAGAGAUUCUUUUGCAAGGACUGAAAGCCAUAGGAAGUAAGGAUGAUGGCAAGCUGGACCUCGGUGCUGUGGAGAAUGGAAAUGUGAAAGGAAAAACAGUAACAAAGAAGAGAAAGAAAGAAAUUGAGGAAAGCGCAGGAUCUAGUGUUGAAGACAUGGACUGCUCAGAAACCCAGGCAGAAGAGGCCCCACAAACCCGUUCGAAAACCAGAAAGAGAAUCCAGAAGUAAAUCAAAUACUGUGAACCAAUUGUUCUUUUCUUUCUUUCAUUUGACUUUUUCCUCUUUUUCUAUAUUAAGUGUUUUAUUUUCGUGUGAGUCUUGUUGGGGGGGGGGGUAACAAUGAAGUACCUAUGUCUUUGAAAAACAAAUUUUUUUAUUAAAAUAAAGACUUUAUACAAUUUAUUAAAGCCUAAUUUAUAAAAUUUCACCAUCUUAAGUUUAUACCCUUUAAGCUAUCCCAUGCUGUGUGUGUUUGAGGUUCUGGAGGGCAUGUAAGAAAACUUACUGUGGCAUAUGCACCUUCCGAAUCAUGUAUGUUUCCCGAGUAUAUAAUAUGUUUGACAGAAUCCUUACCUUUAAGGGACUAUGCAAAAUAAAGGCUUCAUUGUGCUUGAUACAAACACA